AUGAGGUCUGAUCCCAGUGGGGUGCACGUGUGCUGUUUGCCUGCUUUGCACUUCGAAACACCCCCACCCCCGAAGCAGCACGGCAUGGCCCAGCGGUGGGGCAGGCGCUUGGAGCCUCACCAGACCGUCCGGGACAGCCCGCUGACCCAGGACCCGCCUGGCACUGGCACAGGGCGCCGGGGCCCGGACAAAGUUUCCUCCCAGCGCGGAGGGGACCGGCCGCCCGCCGCAAGCCCCGAGUGGCAGGACUCCCCAGGCCAAGUGCGGGCGGACGGCGGAGAGGGCAGCGCGGGCCCGGGGUCGCCCCUGGAUGCCAGCCUCCUGGAACGGCAGCCUCUGCUGGGGGCUGCAGCCGCGGCCGGCGCCGCGGAGGAGGCGCCAGGGACGGAUGGCGAGGAGUGCCCCAUCUGCACGGAGCCCUACGCGGCCAUCAGCGAGCGCCGUCUGACGCUGCUCAACUGCGGCCACGGCUUGUGCACCAGCUGCCUCGGCCGCCUGCUGAACGCGGCGCCCAGCGCCGACCUGGGCCGCGUACGCUGCCCCCUGUGCCGCCAGAAGACGCCCAUGCUCGAGUGGGCCAUCUGCCAGCUGCAGGAGGAGCUGCUGCAGGCCGACGGGCCCCAGCGCCCAGCGCCCGCCACGCCGCCCCAGCCACCCGGCCGCGGCAGGGGGCUCUGGGCCGCCCUGGAGCACCGCUAUCAGCUGCGCUUCCUGGCGGGGCCUGUGGGAGGCCACGGCUGCCUGCCCUGUCUGCCCUGCCCACCCCACCUGGGCGCCCGGCUCUGGGCCCUGCGGGAGCGCGGACCCUGUGCACGGCGCCUGGCCCUCCUCAGCCUGCUGGCCCUGGAGCUGCUGGGGCUGCUGCUCGUGUUCACCCCGCUCCUGCUGCUAGCGCUGCUCUUCGUGCUGCUGGAGCGGGCCAGCCGCUGAGAGCCCUGCCCGCCAAGGACCCCGGCUUGUAAGAGCAAGCUGCACUGUGGCUGUAGCCAGGCCGGAGGACCUCAGGACAUCCAAGGGCAAUUCUGGAGGGGCUGGUUCCCCUUGCCACUGCCCUAGGCUGCUCUGGGACCACUGAGCUGGGCGGGAGGAGCCAGGGUGGCCCUCAUCCAGCCAGCCACGCUGGGAGUGGAUGCCCCUCCUUCCCUGAUAAGGGCCAGUCCCUGAAGGUCAGGGCUACUGAGGGACGCUUGGUGCCACCCACUGCCCGCCACCAGGAGCUCGAUGCCUUCCAUAGCUAUGGCCAGGGCCACUCAGGCAUGGAUGCCCAAGAGUGCUGAGGCCAAGCCCACCCCUGCUAUCGAUGGACUGCCCCUGUGUCCUGUGGAAGGGGCCCUGUGUGGUGGGAGUGAGCCUGCAGGCAGCGCCUUGCUCAGCAAUGUUCUCAUUAAAAUGCAGCCGCCA